CAGCUCCAUUCGAUGUGAAGGUGGCGUGUGAUCAGCGCUCUCAUACCUUAACCUGUACAGCUGAGGCCAAUCCUGAUGUCCCUACCUUUAGUCCGUGGGAGCAUCGCAUGGGAGUGACCCUCAUACGGACACUUGGAACCCAGACAAGCGGCAUCUCUGUCACUUACACUCUGCCCAACAACCUGACGUACACAGACACGGGGGAUUACGUGUGUUCAGCGACAAACGGUGUUAAGUCUUCACGAACAGGGAUUAUCUACGUGGCUCCUCUCAGCAAGUUUUUGUUCUUCAAAUUGUCUCCCUUUCAAUUUCUUAUAUGCUGUAAAAUAUCCAAUAUUACCAAGAUUGUAUCAAGAUAAACUAUAAGAAAAAAUGAAAAAAUGUUAGUACACAUGUAAAUUUUCUAUUCAGCUCCAGCCGUGUUUGAGAAUCAUUCACAGAAGGCGAUGAUUGGUCUGGGGGAAUCCAAGAAAAUAUCUGUGUCUUUUUACGCGCGAUCGUCUUCUGGCAAUGUCCAGGUGAGAUGGAAGAAAGCUGGAGAGAGUGACACCCUACGGUCUCACCGAGAAGCGGCGGGUCCUGUCAGUCUGCUGAUGUACGGUCAGCUGGUCACUCUCCUGGGAACAGUCACAGUACUGACACUGACCGAUGUCCGCCAGGUAGAUGAAGGCAACUAUACCGUGACCGUCAUCUCUGACAUCAACGGCGUUAACCGGCAGUCAAGUACCAACAUUUUGGUUGACGUCACUGACAGGCCAUCAACAGAGGAAAACAUGCCUGUAGAGUGCACUGAAGCAAACACUGUGGUGAUUGUAGGAGGGGUGUUAGGGUGUCUGGCCGCUCUUGUUGUCCCCACAAUGUUGGUCGUGAUAUUCUGGAGGCCAUCGAAAACAAAAGAUUUACCAGAGGGUACUAAAAGCAGGUAAUUAAUUUGCAUUAUUCAUGUGCUGUAUUUUUUAGUUUUGUUACAC